AUGUAUGUCCUGAAACACAAAGACGAAGUGUUCAACAAGUUUGUUCAGUGGAAGGCAGAAGUUGAAACAUACAGUGGGAGAAAGCUGAAAGUUCUCCGCACUGACAAUGGAGGAGAGUACACGUCAAAGGAGUUUGACGCGUUCCUGAAGACAGAAGGAGUUCGACACGAACUCACAGUGCCCAAGACUCCUGAACAAAAUGGGGUAGCAGAGAGGAUGAACAGAACACUCGUGGAGACAGUGAGGUCAAUGCUGGCUGAUGCAAAGCUGCCACAGAAGUUCUGGGCUGAAGCGCUAGCAACAGCAGUGUAUCUGAGAAACAGAAGUCCGACCAAAGCUGUAGCAGACAUGACACCCUAUGAAGCCUGGACCGUGAGUCAUCUCCGUGUGUUUGGAUGUGAUGCCUAUGCUCACAUACCAAAGGAUGAAAGGAAAAAGUUGGACCCAAAGGCAAGGAAGUGUAUACUGCUAGGCUACGGAACAGAAACGAAAGGAUACAGAUUGUAUGACACAAAACAAACAAAAGUCUUCUACAGCCGAGACGUGGUGUUCAACGAAUCAGUCUGUGGUGUUGAGACAUCCGAAGAUAACCAUGAGCACAGUUUGAUGGAGUUCGACUGCGUAAACAGUGAAGAACCAGUCGUCACUGAAACAGCAGAGCCAGAGGCUGAGACUCAAAGGCCAGUCAGAGCUCGACAACCGCCAGAUCGCUAUGGAGAGUGGGCGACCGUCGCUGAAAGUGACCUGUGUGAGCCUGAAACAAUGCAUCCUGGAGAGUGUUCAGCUAUGGAUCGACCGAAGAACAUGGAGGAUGUGUCACCUAAACGAGUAAACGUAAACACAGAGACGAAGAAAAGGAAGCUUGACUCAGACAAUGUGCCGUUGGAGAGGUGCUCUUUUUCAGAACACAGCCGGGUCUCAGAGAGGACCAGCUGCACAAUGGACUCAGGGAACUUCACAGAAGAGUCUGACCUCUCUACUAGUGAUUUUUUUAGACUGCUGACUGAAGAUCAGCUCAGGUGCCCAAUCUGUAAAGAGGUACUGAGGGAUCCAGUCGGCAUCCCCUGUGGACACAGCUUCUGCAGGCAAUGCAUCAAUUCAGACUGGCAGCAGCCCAACCAAGAGGAUGUCUUUGCCUGUCCACAGUGCCAAGCAACUUACAGCACGAAACCACUGUAUUACAUCAGUGGAGUUGUGGCUGAAGUUGUGAAGAGAGCAAAGUUUAGUCCAGAGUUGCCCCAUAGCAGCUAUGCUAGACAAGGGGAUGUAGUCUGUGAUUUCUGCACAGGUAGAAAGCUGAGGGCAGUCAAGUCCUGUCUAACCUGCACAGCCUCCUACUGUGGAAUCCACAUCAAAGAACACUACUAUCCGGCAAUGGAACAUCAUAUAAUGGUCGAGCCAACUGAAUACCAGAGGAAGCAUUUCUGCCUUAAGCAUCGGGCAGUUAAUGAUGUCUUCUGUCAGACUGACAAGGUUUCCAUCUGCAGUGAUUGCGCACUGUUGGAGCAUAACGGCCAUGACCUCAAGAUUGUGGACGCUAAACAGCUUCUCCAGUCACCACAGGUGCCUGAAGCAGGUGUCAGCUUGCCAACAGGUGCCGUGGUAUCACCUGCAGCAGGCUCCACAUUCCCACAGAUGAGCGCUGCACUGGCCGGGACAUCCCCAGGGUCCUCCCAGUGCUCCAGUGCAGACUGGAUCCCUAGAGCGCCAAGGAAAAGGGGGAAAGCAGGUUUUCACUGCAAACUACAGAAUAUACAAUCAGAUAGACUGGCUGGCCAGGAGGGAACAUCAAGUGAAAGGCUGAAAAUUGGGAUAAGUUGUUCACCUACCCCCAGUCAGGACUCGUUGAAGACACACCGGUCAAUGGAUUUGCCUGAUGAAACCUGCACAGGGUUGUUCGCCUACCCCUAG